AUGCUUGAGGUAUUGAUUGCCCUCUCUAGUCCCACUGUUCCGGCUAAUGACGGCUUCUCCACAGCGCAUGACAGGAUUCUGGUCGAUAACCAUGUUUCAAGAUCAAUUGAUGUUAUCGGUCUUGAUUUGUUCAUGUGUCUUUUUAUUCUUUUAGUAGACCCAAUUUUUGCAUUGCUUGCUUUCGCCUAUCAGUUUUUACAAACAUACCUAGGUACAUAUUCCAGUGAGUGCGCGGAGCGUCUCAACGUUGAUUUUGAAGGCUUCGUCACGCGGCGUUAGUGUGAGGGUAGGUGCUAUAGUAAGCCCCUGCAAAGGCGAGGUGAUAGCACACAUCUGUAGUUCACGACGCAUCGUUCAACACCCAUCGCCCAUUGCCCUCCGUUGUUCGACAUCGCCAUCGCUAGAUCAAUCGGUC